UACACACGCUGUGGAAGGGGAAACGUGGGGAGAAUAAGUCCCUCUCGGCUUGGUGGGGCGUUUUACGGACUGUCACAGGAGCAUGGCGACGGAAACGAAAUGCUGGAGCUCCCUGCCGGAGCACAUCAUUGUGCAUAUCUUCUCCUACUUGCCACUGUCAGCCAAGUACAAGGCUUCCAUGGUAUGUUCCUUCUGGAACCAGUGCUUUAAAUCCCAAUACUUAUGGCAAAGAUUUUGUUUCCAGUUUUUCGUUCCUGCAGAUACAAGGUAUCUUCAUUGCGUGAAGCGUUUCGGUCAGUACUUACGUCACGUGUCCAUCGACCUUGACCAAUCGGAUGAGGAGAACAGAGAGAACGCAUGCGCGGUGAUACACUGUCUGGCACGAGAAACUGACAAGCGUCGCGUAAAUUCUAUCCGGGUUAGGUUUAGGGGAGAAAACCCUCUGUUUUACGCCGGAGCCGAGUUCAUAGCCAACUUGAAAAUUUUGUUUGGUCCUCCUCCUGAAACCGUCCAACCGCUGUCUCAAAUCAGGUGCGUUGACCUCAGUGGGCUAAUGGCGGCCCUCAGCGAAGAGGUGCUAGAUUUACUGUCAACACACAACCCGGAAUUAGAACGGCUGAACAUACAAAAUAAGACGCUGGUCUGUAACAUAUUUCCUGAGUGUAUGGUACGCGUGACAAGAAGAUGCCAGGGUCUCAAAGAUUUAAGACUUUAUCAUUUUAGUUGCUCGGAAGAAGUUCUGCUGUCUUUCACCGAGGAAGGCAGGACGCCUUUGGAACACUUAGCAAUAACAUGUCGAAGAGAAGAGAAAUACGGCAAAGACUUAUCCUCUGCAGCGUGGUCGAGCCUGGUGAAAAAGCUGCCUGACUUACGUGUUACACUAGGGUUUGACCCAACUUGCCCUCUGCAUAAAGUGUCCACCAUUAUGAAACCGGAAAUCCCUGUUUCUGUAAUGCUUUUAGAGACUUAUACUCGGAUUUUUGACGAGGUGAAUCUAGUGACGGAUUAUUACCAGGACAAACUUGAGAAAAUCGUCAUCAACACGCGAACAUCUCCGGAAUUUGAAGCUGCCCUAGUGAAGAUGAGCAGACUUUGUACAAACCUUCACAUAAUGAAAGUAUAUAACUGCGUCCUUCCAGUGAAAGUGGUAGAGGAAAUACUGCGAAACCGUUCUGAAAUGUGCGCACGGGGAAGUUACAGCUUUCAGUCUGACAGCAUGCCAGACUGGGCGGUGGUGGGUGUGGAAAGUGGUGACUGACGCGCGUCUCGAGAAACGUCAAACAAGUAAAGCAUUACGCGUAUAUAAGUAUACUAUUUAGGAAUAACAUUUGGAUUCUUGCCGUUCAAAAAUUCCUUACUCAGACGACCACAUUUAAAGUGACAGUCGUUGGUUAUUACAAUAACAAGGUCAACUGCAUAUAUAUGCAAUUGAUGUGUAUAGACCACAAAACGAUGACCGCUUUAACGGUUAAUUCUAGGGAGACCCAGAAUCAAAGACUUUAAAAUGGUACUUGUCGCUGCCUCGCUUGGUCCUCAGCAGUGACAGGAUAGAACAAGGAAACAGGAGUGGAUGGCCGGGUGUCAGUAUAAAAUAA